AUGCCACCAAAAAUUCAACAAUCUAAAGCUGCUAAAGCUGCUGCCGCCAUGGCCGGUGGUAAGAAAUCUAAGAAGAAGUGGUCCAAAGGUAGAGUUAAAGACAAAGCUCAACACGUUGUCAUCUUAGAUCAAGACAAAUACGACAGAAUCGUCAAGGAAGUUCCAACUUUCAGAUACAUCUCAGUCUCCGUUUUGGUUGAUCGUUUAAAAAUUGGUGGUUCCGUUGCUCGUGUUGCUGUCCAACAAUUAGAACGUGAAGGUUUAAUCAAAGCUGUCUCAAGACAUUCAUCACAAUUAAUCUACACCCGUGCUACUGCUUCUGAAUAA